AUGUCUGGCCUCUUCUCGAAAUUCAAGGGGACCUCUGGAACAACAAGUCCAGGUGUAUCCUCCCCUUCGCACAAGAAUAAGAAAGAUGCCGAACCAGAGCCAGAAAUCACCCCGCUGGUGAAGAUGUUACAAAAUGCUGGGCCCAUUCGGAAUGAUGGAAGUGACAAGUUCUUUGGUUUGGAGAAUUUCGGAAAUACAUGUUACUGCAAUUCGAUCGUACAAGCCUUAUACUACUCAGUCCCAUUCCGAGAACAUGUCGUUCGAUAUCCCCCACACUCACCUCUCGAUACGCCAAACGGAUAUCCGAAGAUCGUCACACCUAUACGAGCGCCGAUACAAAAUGGUGGAGCAGUAUCACCUGCGAAACCAAAAGGAAUUACAGCAGCUGAAGCGAUGAAGAGAAGAGCAGCCAUAAAUGCUGGCCAACCUGUUCCCGCAUCACCAGGACAAAGACCCGAAGACAAACCAGAUUCUCCCGAAUACAAGAAGAAGCAUGCGAUGUUGGCAGGGCCCAUAUUAGAACUCACAUAUGAAAAUGCGAGCUCCUACGGUAUGGAGGAAUCGACAUUCACAGCGCUGAAGGACAUCUUCAUGGCUCUGAUCGCCAACCCGUCGCGGACAGGAGUAUUGAGUCCUCAAAGAUUUUUGGAGAUCUUCAAGCGCGAUAACGAAAUGUUUCGAACGUCAAUGCACCAGGAUGCUCACGAGUUCUACGGGCUGGUUCUAAACGCUGUGAUCUCGAACGUUGAAGCAAACGCUCAACGGAUCAGGGAAUUAGGACCACCGAAGACCGAUGACAGUCUAGCUCAGUCCAUGAAAGCUGCGGUGACCUCAGCAGCCCAUGCAAUGGGACUGAAUAGCGGCACGCAAUCACCUGGAACUGGCUGGGUUCACGAAAUCUUCGAGGGAGUUUUGACAUCUGAGACUAAAUGCUUAACAUGCGAGACCGCUUCUCAGCGAGACGAGACUUUCUUGGAUUUAUCUAUCGAUUUAGAUCAACAUUCAUCAGUCACAUCUUGUUUACGAAAGUUUUCUGCCGAAGAAAUGCUUUGCGAACGAAACAAGUUUCACUGCGACAACUGCGGUGGUUUACAAGAGGCUGAGAAGCGCAUGAAAAUUAAGCGUUUGCCCAAGAUCUUGGCUUUGCACCUCAAGAGAUUCAAGUAUACCGAAGAUAUGACUCGGUUACAGAAGCUUUUCCACCGAGUUGUGUACCCUUACCACCUACGAAUGUUCAACACAACAGAUGACGCCGAGGAUCCUGAUCGACUGUACGAACUUUACGCUGUUGUUGUUCACAUUGGUGGCAACGCGUACCAUGGACACUACAUUUCAGUCAUCAAAACUCAAGAUCGUGGCUGGCUGUUAUUCGACGAUGAAAUGGUUGAGCCUGUCGAUAAGCACUAUGUACGGAACUUCUUUGGAGACAAGCCAGGUAUGGCAUGUGCUUAUGUUCUGUUCUAUCAAGAGACCACAGUAGAAGCUAUGCGCAAAGAGCAAGAGGCCGAAGGAUUAGCGGAGGUUGCGCUAGCAUCUCAAGAAGCUGACAUUGCUCUUGGACAUCCCCAACCAAACGGCACUCAUCCAUCCUCGGUAUCGAAAGCCGUAUCUAUCCCUAAUACUCCAGUUGACGAGAAUGGCGAAUUCGUCUCUCUAGAUCACGCUGUCACAUCGCCUGUACCUCAAGCCCCACAUCCAGCUCUACGCCACUCAACCACACUUCCUCCAACAUCUACAACAUCCACAACACCAGCUGUCCCAAUACUAGACAUCAACAAGAUGCGAAGCAAAAAAGACGAGGAGCGCGAGAAGAAAGAGAACAAGGAAGCAGAAAAAGCCCGCAAAGCAGCCGAAAAAGCCGCUGAGAAAGAGAGGAUCAAAGCCGAAGAAAAACGGCGGAAAGACCUCGAAUACAAGCGGAAAGAAUACCAAAAGACUCAAGCGGAAGAAGUCAAAGCCGCGCUAGCAGCCAGCAAAGCCUCCGCAGCCGAAGAAGAAGAGCGCCGGAAGAGGGAAGCUGGUGCGUCCGGAGGACCCUCCUCAGACACAAGCAAGGAGAAAGAAAAUGGCCACGAGAAAACGUUCGGGCUGUCGGGAUUGAGCAGGAGUCACAAGGGUAGCAAGAGCAUGAGUCGGAAGAGCUUUGGCUUCCUGGGCGGCAGCGGGAAGAAUGGUACGAGCAGCGAGAAGGGCAGUCCGAGUAUGAGCAGCGUCACGCCGAGUACCAGUCAAACGACCACGACCACAGGAACAACGGACGAUACGGCCGUCGAGGGGGUGGGCGAACUUGCUUCUUCGAGUAGUAUCCAGACGCCCGAGAAACAUUCCAAGACGACAAAGGAUCGGUUUAGUUUCAGCGGGUUGGGGCGGAAGAAGAGUAAUCUUAUGAACUCGUGA